GCUGUAUCUAGAGGGGAGCGACUACCUGCAGCACUUGGCCAAUGGAUCCCUCCUCCUGUUGCCAGUGUCUAAGGACAGCCAGCCGGCCCGUGGUGUGGCGGGAGCUUACAGCUGUGUGACUGGUAGCACCCAUGGAGCACUGAUGAGCCGGACUGUGAAUGUGCUCCAAGCAAGUCUGUCUAAAUUCCGUCUGGAGCCAUCGCCCCAAAAAGUGCCCACUGGAGGAGCUGCCCGCUUUGAGUGCCAGAUUGAAGGAGUACCCACCCCCCUUAUUACCUGGGAAAAAGAUGAAGUAGCAAUUCCAGAGGGAACAAGGUUCAUUUCCCUUCCUAACGGGGUGCUUCAGAUUCUGGAGGUGACCAAGCAUGAUGAGGGUGUAUACCGCUGUGUUGCCUCCAAUUCUGCUGGGAAGGACAUCAGUCAUGAAGCCAGGCUCUCUGUCACCUCAGGCUCCACUGAACCCCUGAACAGAGUUGUGAUUGUGGCACCACCUCAAAAUGCCACAGUCAUACUUGGGCAUCCUGCCGUGAUGGAGUGUAUGGCUCAAGGCCAGCCCAAGCCACUGGUGUCCUGGAGCAGACAAGAUGGAAAGCCCAUUUCUACUGAUGUGGUUGUCCUUGCAACAAACCUGGUGAUUAGAGACACAAGGCGUCACCAUGCUGGUGUUUAUGUCUGCCGAGCCAACAAGCCCAAGACCAGAGAGUUUGUAAUUGCUGCUGCUGAGCUGCAAGUACCUGCCCCUCCAGUGAUUCUUCAGCCCCCAGAGACAGUGUCCCUCUCCCGGGGAAACACAGCCAGGUUUUUGUGUAACAGCACUGGAGAGCCAUCUCCAGUGUUGCACUGGUUGAAGAAUGGCCAGCCUAUAAAGUCAUUGAGACGAGUGAAGACCCAAAGCCCCGGAGUCCUGCUCAUUAACCAGCUAGCUCAGGAGGAUGGCGGCUACUACCAAUGCAUAGCAGAGAACUGGCUUGGCACAUCCUGUGCCACUGCCAGGCUGACGGUCAUUGUUAGAGAAGGUCUGCCCAGCCCUCCUCGCCACCUUUCUGCUACACCAUACUCCAGCACAACUGCCCUGCUCACCUGGGAGAAACCUGAGUACAACUCAGAUCAAAUCAUUGGCUACUCUGUGCACUGCCACAGUGCCGCAGGCUCUGAUAACGGGGAGUAUGAAUUUGCGAUGAACAAUGACACCACUGAAUAUCUCUUCAGAGAGCUUCUGCCCCACACUGCUUACACAUUCUUUGUGGUGGCUUACUCUCCCAUGGGUGCCAGCAGCCCAUCCCUGCCUGUCACUGUAGAGAUGCUGGAGGACGUGCCAAGUACACCUCCUCAGCUGUAUAUAGCCAGUACUUCCCGCACAGACAUCAAGGUGAAGUGGCAUCCGUUGUCCUCAGAACAGAGCCGUGGAGUUGUUACCCAAUACCGCAUUGAGUACAGCACUUUAGAUCAGGCGGACUCUGUGUUUUCUGUGGAGGUCGGGGGGAAUGAGACACAGUUUACACUGAGAGGUCUGCAGCCCAGCCAGACCUACCGGCUGAGGAUAGCUGCUGGAACAACUGUUGGCAUUGGGGUUCCUUCUGAGUGGGUUCAGCACAAAACGCCUCCAAAUGAUAGCAAUGACAGCAUGGUGAUCUUUGCUCCUACUGAGCUGAAAGUUAGAACCAAUGUGAACACACUCAAUGUGACAUGGCAGCCCUCACCCAAUCACACAUUGGUCUCUGGCUAUAAGCUGUCCUGUCGGGAAGUUGAGGCUGAUGAGACGGCCAAUGGGGAAAGGAGAACACAGACACAUACCAUCAGGCUUCGUAAGAAGGCUAAAUAUCAUCUCCUCACUGGGAUGAGUCCUGACCGACAGUAUGAGGUGAGGGUUUGGGCAUUCAAUAAGCAGAUAGAUGGAGCAGCUGCAGUGUGGAAGGGAAAGACAGAAAAGCCUCAUGCACCACCAACAACACCCGGGCCACCACCUCCAUUGCCCCCAAGCAUUAUCCAAGCCACAGCCAACAGCUCCACUUCCAUCUGGCUGCGAUGGGAGAAACCACGGUUCAACAAUGUACGCAUCAUCAACUACACAGUGCGCUGCAGUCCUUCAGGAACCACCAAUGCAUCCCUGGUCUCCUAUUACACCAGCUCUGCACAAGAGAUUUUGCUUAGGGAACUGAAGCCCUUCACUCACUACGAGCUGGCAGUGCAGUCUAAUGGAGUGAAUGUGCUCGGACCAUUCAGUGGCACUGUGGAGGAGUCCACUCUCGCUGAUCGGCCCUCCACACCUCCCGAGGAGCUGCAGCUGACUGUGCUGGACUCCUCCUCUGUGCUUGUGAGCUGGCACCCUCCACUGGAGCCUAAUGGUAUCAUCAUCAGCUACAAGAUUUUGUACAGUGGCAACCUCAGUGAACCUGAGCAUUUAUGGAAGAACCUUUCCCAGGAUGGGAGCAUUACUAGUGUAGAGGUCCAAGGAUUGUCCAGUGGAACUCGAUACUUUUUUAAGGUUGGGGCAUCUACUGAUGUGGGACCAGGGCCUUACUCACCUAUAAAGGAAGUUCACACUCCCCUUCAAAAAUAUGAGCUGAACAUCCAUGCAGUGAUAGGCAUCAUAGUCGGUGUGUGCCUAGGACUGAUAUGCAUCCUCCUCUGCAUGUGUUUCAGCUUUCGUAACAGCAAAUCCAGGGAGAUAUCUGGGGGUCUGGACUCCACAGCUGGGACACCUCAGUAUAAGAGAGGAAGCUGCCCCAUUCCCUCCAACAUGCCAGAGUGCAGCGACAGCUAUGAACUGGAGACACUGAUGCCGCCAGGAAGCCAAGAGUCUGUUCAGCCGCCAACAGAGGCCCCAGAAGAGCAGAGUCUGAUGGACUUAGAAGAUCAUCUGAGUGCAUCGCUGUGCAGUAACCGCGUUGAGGCAGAAGUCAUUGUUCACUCUGAACUUUUGGACACAGGGAGGGAGAAAGAAGAGGAUGGCUGUGAAAGCAAGGAUUCUAACACAACCAGGGGACCCUCGUUAUCAGAGGAAAAGUAUUCCCCUUUGAGCCAGCCAAGUAUGCCAGGAGAGGAGCAACCUCUGGAGAAACUGUCACUAGCCCAAAGCCCCUCGAGUCUUCCCUCAGUAAAGUUGGUGGCUACUUACAAUGGGGAGAUGGAAGAUACAGAACACCAGCUGACUGCAGACCCAGCACCACAUCAGGAAAUGGGGCUAACCAAUGGCUUCCAUUCUCCUAAGAUUGUGCUGAGGUCAGAGCAUCUGGAAAAUGGGGACUCAAGACACUGUUCAUCUGCACCUGGGAAGGCCAUCUCUCCUGGCCUGUCCCCUUCCCCCUUUGUCAGCACCGGACUGGUCCACUCUACCUCAGCAGCACACAGUUAUCUGUGCCCAUAGCCUCUGCAUGCAGGGCAUCAGCCACACAGGACAUCAGAUGGAUUUUCUUUUAUGUACCCAGGAAAAAAACCCAAGGAUUAUUUUUAUGCACCUCAUUAUUAGAUUUCUUUCUCUUCCUCGCAAAGUUUUUUAGGUACUUUGAAUCCACUGUUUCAUACUUGUGUAUACAGAGUAAGCAUAUACAGUAUAUUUUUAGUGGUAGAGUACUGUAUAUGGGUAUGCAUUCUGUCUCAUGAGUGAGUGAGCGCUUGGACAGGUUAUCAUCAUCGAUGGGUAGAUUGGAAGUGCAGGGUCUCCCUGGGUUUGGUUGCGUGGAUGCUACUUCAGUGUGGCACUUAGGAAUAAGCCUUAAAGAGUAUCUUCACACUCUGCAAGUGCAGAACACCUGUGCCUCUCUCCAGCCUCCUGCUGUCUCAGGGUCCACAGACACAUACAUACACACACACACACACACACACACACAUACACAUAUACACACACCAACAGAGAAAGCUAAAAACCUAGCUAAUUCCUUGAUACCACACAUAAAAUUCAAACCGGCAUGUAUAAACACACAUUUACUGACUGGAGUGUGGGGGUCUCAGGUGCCUAAUUAUUCUAGGUGCAUUUAUAACCUCUGUAUAUUUCUAAAUAUUGUAUUCAGUCCAAGUACAAAAAAAAAAGUCAACUGGAAUGGAAAAAUGUAAAAACAUGGAGUAUACAGAUGUGGAACAUGUGAAGUAUUCUUUUCCAAAAUGCCAUAUAUCCCAGUGGUAUGAUUUUGUAAUCCAGGGACAAUUGAAAAGUCAAACAAGUUUCCUUUCUGUUUUAAUAAUGGUAGAUAUCUCAUUUAUGAAAUUAUAGUACUUAAAUGUUUAUUUUGGUAUUGGUUUGUGUUGAUGGGAGAACGAGAGGAGAAGUUACAACUGUUCAUCUGUAGACCACUCUCCUUUUUUGGCUCCUAAAUAGGGAUGCACCAUUGUCACUACUAUUGUCAAGAUGCUGUGCCAUUGGUUGGAGCCAAUUUUUUUUUUUUUCCCCCUCAGUAAACUUAUUUUUAAUAUGAUACUUGUAAUAAUUCAAAGUAUAUUUCACUUGAUUCUGCCUAGUUAUAAAAAAAAAUUCCAAAAUUCUUCACUCUGCUACCAGAGCAAUGACAGAAUUCAACAAGAUCAGCUAGAAGAAGGAAAAAAAUAUACAGUGCUUAACAAAUUUAUUAGACCACCACCAAUAGUAUAGUUUGUUGCACAGGUGCCCUAAAUUAACAGUAUCGGUAAUUACCAAAAUCAUCUUUUAUGUUUCUGUAAUAGUUAAUCCACCAGCAUGUGCAAGGUCUUUAAUUGAAAUGAUAUUUUUAAUACUAAAAUAUAAUGAAUGUUAUCCAUGAAUUUUCAAAUUAGGUGAGAAAAAUAGUAAAUCACAUUAUUAUUUCAUUAAGAUGCCAAAUUACAGUUAUUUACUUGCAUUCCUGAAUAGAAAAAUUAGUUUUAGUGGUUGAAUGUUAUGCUUGAUUAAUUUUUGACUUCUGAGUGAGGUGCAGUGUGCCGGAUCAAAUUUGGGUAGAAAAAACGUGAAUUCAGUUUAUUUGGCUAAUAAAUAACUAAUAAUUUUUACUGUUAAAACACAUACUUGACAGAUUUCUAAAAUACUUGUAUUUUCUUGUUUUUCAUUAUAUGUGGUCUAAUAAAUCUGUUAAGUACUGUAUGUGAUCCAGUUUUUUUGUUAGUUUUUUAUUAUUUUUUUUAACUAGUGCCUCCAAACUGCUGAAUCCAUUACUUACAUAUUCAGUCAAAGAGUUUUUGAUAAUUACAACUUUCAUAUGACAAGCAGUGAUUCAGCAUCGAUUCAAGUGGUGUAGAGAGACUGGUGCAUCCCUACUUUUUAUCAACAGCACUACCUCAUUUAUUUUCAGGACAGUUUCCAGUGUGAUUUUAUUAGUUUUAUGUAACUAGCACCUUUUAAGAUCUUAUUCUUAACUUGUCUGAUUUUACAGCAUUUAGUUUUUGGAGGAAUAAUUGUCCUGCAGUGACUGUACGUUCUUGUAUUAUGUCAAACUGGAAAUGGUCUCUUUAGCGCGUUGCAGCUUCCUCUCAGAUUUCUAAUAGAUUGUCAGUGCAGCAUUACUCUUUCCUGCAACAUCGCUCUAUUGGAGAAAAAAAACAAAACAUGCCUGUGGCUUUGAUGUGAUGCACCUGAAACUAGUCCACCCGGUGACGCUCAGUUUCAGAGUUAUAAUUCCAGUCAAAGUAGGACCAACUGUAAGUUCUAACAGCUUCUGUAAUGUACUUAUCCUUAUCGUGCCACUUGCAGGCAACUACAGUUUUUGUUGGGUUCUGAUAGACAAAAUGUUGGAACACAAUUCUUUUGAUUUCAUUCACCUUAAAGUUACACUGCGUAAAAUAUCACCGCUGUGUGUCUGUAAAUUGUAGAUUGCAGUCAAGCUGAGUUUUCGUACCCCUCCCAAUUCAAGUGCAUAAUCCUCACUACAGAUGAAUGUAGUGAAUGUAGGCUGUCCACAGUUUACCUCAGCUGGUGUCUCAGCUGUAAAACUUUGAAAGAAGUGAUACUGAGGUCAGUUGUUGAGGAUAUCCUGAACAAUUCUUUUGCUAAGUGCUGCUGUUUGCGUCUGUUAACAGCUGCUGUUAGCUGGUGUUAGUGAAGCUUUCUUUAAAGUGGAUCAAACAUUGUUGGACUUAUGACACUUAGCAUGUAAACUCUCAUAAGAUGUGAGAAUGUAAUCAAACUGUUUAUCUGAGGGAAAGUUUGAAUUUUAGAGCACUCGAGCCUAACAUUAGAUCACAUAACUUCAGCUUAUAACCGGCUGUUGUUGUUUAUCCGGCUCACUGUCAAUUGUACGGAGACGGGAGGGCCACACGUCUAAAUAAUUGUAACAAUAUUGGUAAUAAGUAUGUUUAUGCACAUUUUCAUGCGUUAGACUCCGGUUCAGGAGAUGAGGAGGAAGAGGAUGACAUUUUAUCUUCGGCACGCAAACACCUACAAGUUCUGUUCUCGCCUUUGGUGUUCAAUGUACAGUAUGUUGCCAGUCUCCAUCCACAUACAUAAAAUGCCAUUAGGUGGAACAGCAAUGUCCAUUUCGGCCAAUGCACUCAACAUGGCAGGGCAACAUAGUGGCUUCCACAAAUUGGCACCCAUGCUUGUGUAGUUUUAAGAGAUUAAUUCUAAGUUUAAGAGAAUGCAUAAUUUUGUUGGAAGAUGUAAUUACACACUAAUCAAUGUAUAUAUGAGUACAACUUUUCUUUUUCUAUUAAAUAAACCCCCAAAAAAGUCUUUAAGUAAGGUAAACUGUGAAGACACUUGAAGCAGGUUAUCGAGUUAUUUAUUUUGCUUGCCAGCUUCAGGUCAUAAUGUUCUGGCCUGCAUGAAGACAAGAACAUGUGACACUCAUUAACUACAGGUGGCGCAAGUCUUUGCAUGUCUUUUGUAACUCAACUCAAACUGGUUCUAUCAGGUGCUUCACAUCAAAAAGACAAUUUUUUUUUUUUUUUUUUUUUUUUAAAGCCGACAACACUAUAAUUUGUCAAUUCGCAUGUUAUGGGGAAAAAAAGGCUGAGCACUGAUUAUUUUUUUUGUGUGUGUGUAUUUUUCAGUAGGUUCAAUUCAAUAACAGCUUUACAGAGCUUGUGAUAAGUAAUAAUGACAGAUAUGUCAAAAUAUAAUCAUAGCAUUGAGUCGAGCCCUGUUUAUGAUGUCUCAUCUUCUCUCAGGUUGUUUUCUAGCAGUGAAAAUGGAGCAAAUGGACAAACCCCGUCUCUAUCCUGCCCAUGUUUCUACCUAUGUCCAAGCAGCUGCAAAAAUAUCACAAACUUUAGCAGCAGAAAUGCAAAAGGUUGUUUGUGAAUUAAUGAAAAAUGCUCAGUGUGUUCAAUACCAACGUAACUGUUCCCGCUAAAAAGCUUUCCCCCAAUUUCAGAACAAAAUUCAUGAUUACUACCACAGAGCAUUUUUGUUUUGUUUUUUUGCCUUGCUUCUAUCUACUCAACAUCAAAAUAAGACUGGCAUUUUUUCCCCCCUUACUGCAUUAGCAGUCAUUUACAGACAGAAAUGAAUGUGUGGAAACCUGUGUGAAACACUGAUUUAAGAGAUUAAGGUUUGUUGCAUCUGGAUUCAGAUAUUCAGAUACAAUCUACUGCCAGUUUCAGUAAUUAUUAUUUUACACCUUCAAAAUGCCAUCAUAAAGUUUGAGUUUAAGUGGUCCAUAAAGGGCAAAUCAACUGCAUGCUCACAUGGGUUAAAAACAAAAAACUGCUGCUGCACUACUGUGCUCAUCAAUCCAAAAUGGCAAUUAGUGAUUUCAAAGCAGGUUUCCUUUUGCUAAUAAAGUAACACCUGCUAUGGUAUAAUAAUUUAAAUGUUUAGUGAACAUUGCAGCCAUAGCUUUCUGACUUGUGAUUUAAGGUUCAUUUGCCAUUUAUAAAAGUUAAAGCAAAGCACCAAUUUAAAAAAAAAAAAAAGGGUCUUUACUGUUCUCUACAUACUUAUAGCCUACUGUUUCUCCUCAUCCUUAAAAGGCAUGUAUGUCCUGAGUACUGAAAGAAACAUUCUCAAAAGCAUUCCAGUUUGAUAUCUUUAACAUACCUCUCUCAGUCCAGGUCGGCCAUGAUUAGCCAUGCUACCUUAAGAAAAGAAGUGCUAAAUGUGUUAUGUGCUGUUCGGAUAGGCUUCAUCUGGACAUGUGUUUGUAUGGAAAUCAGUGAAUCAGGAUAGUGUUAGAAAGUCACAAUGGACAGUUACAGUGACAAAAAAGAAUAAAAAUCUUUUCAAAUCUUUGGAGUGUAGAUUUAAUGACGUCUCACACCUAACAUUUUCUGCUUUGAACAUAGCAGCAGGCUAUUGUCACUGCAUAUAAAGUAAGAUCAUAGUAACAGUAAAUUCUCUGCACCACUGCACCAUGGACAUUUAAAACAAUUGAAAAUGAGUUAGUUUGCGCCUGGGAGUUGGUCAAAGAAAGACACUAUCACAUCCAUGAUGAAGGAAUUCAGUUUCAUGUGUAGCUGCCAAAAUCGAAUGUAAACUCUUAGUCGGACAUAGUUUCAUGCUUUUUUUUUUUUCCUCACAACUAUUUCACUUCAAUCAGGUUGUUACACUCAUGUGUUAAGUCUUGAUGCAGUAGUGGAUUAUUAUGGUGUGUGGAGCUGACAGAUGAUAUGAAAUGGGGAUUAGCAUAAAACCUGCCUCCAUCAUAAAGGAUGUAUGCUCUCCUUUUCAGAUCUCUAUUAACACUUAACUACUCUUUUAAAUACAUAUAACUUCCUAUUGUACACCUUUUUGUUGGCUAGAACAAUCACAUUUUUAGAGGAAAACUGCUCAUUCUCUCAUUUUUGUAGAGAAGAUAAUUACUUUGAUUAUGUUGAUUUCAUCCUCUUUUGUAAGGUUUUAUUAAAACACUAUACCUCAUGUUUGUAACUUCAUUUGAUUCUGAUCAGUCUCUUGAUACUGCACAUUUUGUAAGAAGUAGAACAUAUAAAGAUAAGAAUCCUGUUGUUUUGUGAGCCACGUUUUUCCACAGAGGAUGGGACUGAUGUUUCAUGUUACCUCAGUGUGAGUUUUUACUCAUUACAGUGACUUGGAUGGUCUAGUCUAGCACUGAAGAGGUAAACGAAUUAGAGGAGGGAUUAAACCAUUCAAAUUACCAAGCGUUCAUAAAUAUUUAAAGAAAAAUCAUGGGAGAAAAAAAAAUGUCCAGUUUUGUUAAAUUGUAACCUAGAAGUAACUGUUUAUUCUUUUCUUUUUUCUUUAGGGAGAAGGGCUAAAGAGAUUCUCUCCCAAGGCAGGUUGUACCUCUCAGUGCAGACAUGCUUCUAUAGAAAUAAUAGUCUCUUCUCUACUCAGGUGCACCAUCUUUGCAUAAAAGGAUCAUGCCUGCAUAUCCAUCUCAGAUACAUGUCGUGCUGUCAAACGAUGCCUCAUUUUGUCCUUUUGGAAAUUAAAUCAAGGAAACUCUUAUGCACAGAUGAUAUCUUGUUUUGUACAAAUUGCUCAGUGCAUUUCUAUCUCUGGCUUUUCUUUGUACAUUCUGGUGCUUUGUGGUGAGCUGCUUUGUCCAGUGAUGUCACACUGUUGUACUUUUUCUUUUUUUUGUGGUACAUUUUUCUCUAGUUUUGUGUAUACCUGCUCAGUUCUGCCUCUUAGAAUGUGUAUGCACAGGCUAUAGUCAUGUGCCACCAGCAAUGCUCUGCAUCUACUCAGACACCUUUGGAAUCAUUGUGUGCCGAGCAAAACUUCAUUAAUCACAUAUGCUUAAGUAGAAGCAAACUGUAGGAGCACUUAAUAGAUUAGCACUUUGUCUUUGGCCAUGAGCAACUCUGGUCUGUCAUCUUUACAUUUCUAGAAGUGCAAUUUUCAUAGUGUGUAAAACAACAGGUGGAUUACUCAGUGUUAGUCAUGGUGACACUGGCCAUGAUUUGUGAUAGACGCAUUGCUGUUUUGAAGGGAUCAGUCACAGGAUAGGUAUUACUUGUGGUUUGUAGAAAUAUUUCCGCUGUGUUACCAUGUAUGAAAAUGUUGAAUCUCGCAGCAA